UUUGCCCGCCAUUGAAAUUGAAGUUUCCAAAUACUUUGUAUAGCAGAGUUCGUUUUAUUUUUUAAAUCAGGGGUGGUAUGUUGAUAAAUUUUAGCCGCCAUGGAUCCCAGUGCUCUACAAAAUAUGGAUCGGGACGCAUUAAAGAAGCAAAUCGAAAAUAUGAAGUAUCAGGCAUCCAUGGAGAGAUGGCCACUAUCUAAAAGCAUUGCAGAAAUGCGCUCAUUCAUUGAGGAGAAUGAAAAAAAUGAUCCUCUAAUCAAUGCUCCAGAUAAAAAGAACAAUCCCUGGGCUGAGAAGGGCAAAUGUGUUAUUAUGUAAUAUUAUCGCAAGCCACAAAAAAUCCAUAACAAAUCAAAUUUACAUAAAAACAUCCAAAUCGAUAACCUAACCUACAAUAGUUAUCAACAGAAAAAACUACAAAAUCGACACUAUAGAAAAAUUAGUUGCAGCAAUUUACUUGACAGUAAUUCAAAAAUGCUUGAAAUUCAAACAACAGAACACACAGAAAAUUCUUUAGAUCCAAUGCAGCAGUCAGCAGAUGUUGUUGCUAAAGAAAAUUCAGAUCCACAACAAAAGCAACAGAAUCAACAAAAUAAACUUGAACAUUUUGUUGACGUUAACGUCCAUAGCAAUUAUUUCGAUAACAAUUGCAACAGUAAUAACAACGCAACUAUGGACAGUUUCUAUUACUACUACAACUAUAGCUACAGUUAUGAGAACAACAAUAAUUUAUACUAUAAAAAUUUGCCAUUAUACAAAACCAAAUUGAAAACCUACGAAAUCCUACAGAAGGUACAACGUCGAGUCUUACAAGAGGUACUCCAGCGGCCAAUUUUAGUGCAGAUGAUCACCAGUUUCAUGUGGAUUCAAACGAGAUUUUGGCAAUUGUGCAAUGAAAAGUUC